UUGCUCCCGCAUUGAAUGGUUGGUACACGUUUCGCAAAACCAUUGCUGGUCGUUGAGCGUAAUUUCUCAAAACUCUCUGAUUGAAACCAAAAACCAGAGCAAUCAUGGAAGAACAAUCGUCAAAAGAAGAAAACCCACAAGUCUUGAAGGUCCUAGAAGCACUGAAACAAGCUUCACAAGAACUCCAAGCACACCCGGAUCCAAACUCGGCAGAUUCCUACUCACCCGCCAUUAAAGCUUUGCUUGAGCUCGAGAACGAAUCAGACGCCAUCCUCUCUAAAGACCCACAUCUCUCUACCCUCUCCCAACGCCUCGCCGACCUCAAAUCACUCCUCGAGACUCUCCAGAACUCGCGUGGAUACAGCAUCAGGAACUUCCUCACUCGCCGAGUCUCGACACACUCUAUCUCCAAGGUCGCCGGCUCGAUUGAAUCAGAAAUUCAGUCAUGGAUUGAUCGGGAAAGCAUGGAGAAGUUAGUGAAAUCCCUGAAAGAGAAUCCAGAGGAGGAAAACGAGGAUGAGUUGGUGGGUUUGUUAACUCAGUUCGAGGAACGAGUCUCGCAAGGGUUUAAUCGCGAGUUGCAGGAUUUAGUACUGAAGUCAAAGGUGUUCUUAUUGCUUGAACGAAUCCUCAGCGACCCGAAUCGGUCGAAGCGAAUCCACGAACAAUCCGCGAACUCCAUAGCCGCCUUAAUCGGAUUCAACAAAGAUGUCUUUGUGGGUCAAGUUUUAAUGGGUCCGACAAUCCACGCAUUGGUAACAAUGGCUUCAGUGCAGUCAAUCAGAGUACUCUGUUCUUUAAUCAAAUCAAUCAAAUCACCACUUGUGGAUGAAAUUGAGUCAAAUGGAGAGAUACCCAAAAUCAUAAGCUUCUUGGACUACAAAGAUCUGCAAAUGAAGCUUGUGUCAAUGGAUUGUGUUCUCGAAAUUGGGUAUUUUGGCCGCAAAGAAGCCGUUGAUGCUAUGCUCAAUGAAGGGCUUGUAAAGAAGCUUGUGGAGCUACAAAGAUCAGAACUUGGUGGGGAUUUGAUUGAGUUAAGUAGGUUUCAAGGAGAGAGUAGAGAGAGCAGAGAAAAGAAGUUUUUGCAGGGACAUCCAUUUGCGAGCUGUGUAGCAAGAUUUGCAGUGCAAUUGGAGGUAGGAGAAGGGCUGAGACAGAGAGAGAAGAGGGCCUUCAAGCAGGAGAUAUUGAAGAGACUUAGAGAAGCAUCUGCUUCUGAUGCUGAAGCUGCCACCAUUAUUGCUGAGGUCUUAUGGGGUUCUUCACCUUGAAUUUGUACCAACCCCCCCUCCCCUCCAGUUAAUUCUUUUUUUUUCUUUUGUGAUUAUUGAUUAAUCAUGUAAUGAGUUACAUAUAGAUUUUUGGUUGUUACAAUAUAAUUGAAUUCUGGUUUGUGUUUGGUGACAUGAACCAAAAAAAAAAAAGAAAAAGAAGAAGUUCAGAUUGCAUAUUCUGCAUAACUUGAACCAAAUUAUCUCUUAUGGAAGUGAAAAUCUUGUAUUUUUUGUGAAACA